AUGGACAGCUCCACGUUACAAUCAGCCAAUAACCAUUCCCCCAUCGAUAAUACGACAUCUACCGAUGUCUCUGCGAAGGAUUACAUCGAAUUCGUGCGACAAUCGUUAUCAAACGACUCUCCCUAUCUCAUCGCCUUGCGAGACAAUCCGUUACCAACUUGCAUGGGUUGUACCAACGUCAGCAAAGAGUGCAAGGGCAUGAAUCCCAUUCGAUGCCAAAGAUGCAUCAUCUUCAAACGUGUUUGUGAGAAGAAGAAGUCUUAUAUCGUACGCUCUUCCAUUGCCCAUUUUGGAAUGACCGAAACUGUCGCCUCCGAAAUGUAUGCGCUUCAUGCGCAAUCCAUAAAGACAAAACACAAUCUGAAACUAUCUGGUACAACUGAGGAUGCUUCUGGCUCGCGUGCGGCCAUGUCGCCUUCCAUUUUCCCUAAAGGAAUGCCACCACCGACAGAUCCCUUCUUCGCGCUAUCGGAUAAAAAUCUUCCCUCGUCAAAGCGAACCUCCUCUCCUUCAACUUCAACAGGCCUUCUUCACCAAUCCGGACUUCCGAAAACGGAGCCCGUCGACAGUGUUAUGACCGCUGGUAACGAAAACACCAACAUGCCUUCAAAGAGGAAGCGGUCGCUCGCAGAUGAUACCCAGAGCCGAGUAUUCAGCCCUCCUGCACAACACCGCGGUCAUGAACACGGAGGUUAUUUCAGCGACAUCUCGUCUGUUGGAAGAUUUGAUCCCAGAAAUGCGCGGCCUUCUAAUGGUGAUGACGAACAGGCUAGCAAGGGGAACGAUGCCGAUGACGAUGGCGAAAACCACAGCUUGCGCGGGAGCGACUUCAAGGAUUCAAAUGACGAGGACUCUGAUUCCACAGAGGCUGAUGAAAAGGAACGAGCCGCGAAAAAAGUUCGUCUGAAUGCUGCUGAGCGAGCACGAUCCGAUUCCAGGGGUGCAACUCCUGAGGAUUUUCUCCAUCCUCUCAAUUUUGGAUACCAUCGCAGAGCCAUGAAAGACAAAGUGGCAAGGUGCAACAAGUUCAACAAGGAGGCUCUAGAUUCCGCGCAGACAGAAAUCGAUCAUUUAAAGUCGCUGUUGGAAACCACCCAAAAGCACUCCUCCUUCCUUUCUGGUGAGGUCAACAAAUUGAGGCAAGACGUACAGCUUCUUAACGAGAACAACAUCAAUUUGUCUACUGCGUUGCAUAUGUCAAGGUUGGAGAUCAAGGCGAUACAAAGGCGGUUGUCCGAAGUCGUUGUCAUUGAAAAGAAAAUUAUGAGUGACUGUCCGGAGGACACCCUCAAUCAGGAACGCCCCAACAUGGAACAGUCUGAACAAUCUGACCAAGAUAUGAUGUCGGUGGACCGAGAUAGAUCAUCGUCACCCGUUAUGGAAAACGAGGAUCAAGACCUUCUUCGAUUAUGCGAUCGGUCCAAAGAUUUCCGUGAGGCCGUGCCCCAAAGCGAUUGGGUUCUGACGAUGGCCAACAAAUUGGAUGUAUAUACAGACCGCGUCGUGAACGAGAAGUCACACGAGUUCAUCGCCAUGCACGAUUUCUUCAAGCUUGCCCCUGGGCACCCAAUGAAGCUGCCUAACAAGAGUAACUUUGUUAAUCUGACGGGGCUUAUGGUCGGUUACCGCGUUUUCGAUAUAUAUGCCCAGGUUCGAGGACUGCACAAGGAGAGAGAAGUGGUUAUGCACAAAAAGCUCAAAACUGCGACAGGUCCCACACGUUUCUGGAAUUAUUUAGAUAACUGGCAAAAGGUCCUCCUGGACGCCAAAAAAUCACUCAAGAGUCUUCGAUUAUUCUCAUCGCCCACAUCUUCCGAUAACUCACAAGGGAGUAGCCCACUCUGUUCUCUUUUGUUGCAUAUGUCGCAACUGCAAGGAGCUUCGAGAGGUAUAAUUAUUUUGCAAAACUUUGUUUUGGCUUGCCUUUCUGUUGCCCUCUUGCGGGAUCCGAAAUUUGAAACUAUCGAUCUGCCAAAGAGCCCGAUGGAAUUUUUCGAAAUCGUCAAUAAUCUCGUCCCAGACAACACUAGAUAUGAUUUUACCGAAAAUGUCUUGACAUCAAACCGCAACCACGAUGUGAGGAACCCCUUGACACUUGCAGCAUUGUGUAGCCCACUUUUUCUUCUUGUCGGAGGGUCCCUUGUCGCCCAUCACUUCGACAAAAAGGAAUUAUUUUUGGUCAGUUUGAUUCCCGUCAUGACGGCCAAAUCAAUUGGGAACGAUCUGGACUCAAACCUCAAAGAGGUUGUCUCGGGUCUUUGGGAAGUAAUCUUUGACUGUGCUGAGGGGAAAUCUCAGCCAGCAACAGCCUUGAUCUCCUGGCUAGAGGGUUUGCAUCUCGAUGACAUAGAUGAUGGCGGAUGGUAUCACGAAGGAGAUAGCAGCGAAAGCUUGGACAAUGUUCUCGCUUUCAGCUUAGCAGGGAACACGGUCCCCGCUUCAUGGCAACAAACUGUUUUUGUUGCCGAAGUUAACAAGCGGGCGCUGCUUACGUCUGGCCCAACCAACCAACCUUCUACCUCCAACGCCACGGGAGGGAAUGCGGCAGACGCGAUUCCACAGGAGACAGCACCACACACACAAUCGAGCCAGGGGAACGACCCGCCGGCCACUCCGGGCGUCAAUCCAACGUCGACGGAAGGUCGCAAUCAGGUUGAAAACAAGACCAUGGACGAUGACGCAGCGGGUGAAUCCGGCCUGCCUGAAAUGCCUGCCCAAACGGCAGGCCAGACAGAUAAUACCUCUCCGACCACUUCUGAUCCCACUCAAGGCAAGGAACCGGAACCCCCAAACUCCACAACUGGUCAGAACGCGUGUGACGACGACGCCGACAAGGACUCUGACUCUGACUCCGACUCCGACUCCGACGCGGACGUGGACGCCGACAAGGACAAGGACGAGGACAAGGGCAACGCCGCCGACAACAACGCCGACGCCGACAUCCAAAAGGCCGCUCCCACGUCGCCACCUGUUGUGGGAGGAAAACGAAAACGUCCAAGUCUGAAAAAGCGUCUUCUUUCAAAGGUGCAGGUUCCUCGCGUGCAAAUCCGGUACACCACUGCAAGGCCUGCUCCCCGUGCAUCCAAGGUGGCCGUGGUCAAUCGAUUCCUUAGUGGCUGUACUGCGGAGGUCAAGGUUGAGGCAAUUGAUAUUGAAGACCUCAAGGUUGACACAGAACUACCUAUUACCCUUGACAAUACGAAGCAGAAGAGAGUCUUGUUCAAGCAAUCAGAAUGCCUUGUUGUUUUCGACGGACAGGGCACAGAAAUUCAGCUCAGGCCUGCCUUUCAUUGCGGUAUCUACGCCAAACUCCUAAAAGAUGCUGUUCAAGCUGCGUCGCAGGCGAAUAUCGACGGCAAACCGGUGCAUGCUGCAAGUCCUUCAAAGUCCAAGAUCGUCGUCAUGGAUGACUUGUUUUUCAAUAACAGUCAUCCGCCUAAACGCAAUGCAGCUUUGCAGAACGGCGUCAUAGUCGUUUUAGGAUGCAAGCUACGAAACAUGUCGUUUGAUCUCGACAGCCUUUCAAGGAUAUGUGACAUCCACAAAGUCAUAUCAGUCCAGGAUCAAUCAGUUGACCCUUCCGACAAUACUGAUAACACUGGGAUGAUGCGAACGUCGACGCUUGCCACCAUCUAUGCAAAUAAAUCGAAGAAAACAGGCAAAAUCUUAAACGCACUGGACCUCCCCGAGUUUUUUUUCUGCGAACAAACGUGCUUCAGCACAGAUUUGAAGGCCUGGCAAUACACUCAAGGCCUUGCCUUCAGCAAGGAUCAAAUACCUCCUAUUUCUGACAUCCGAUGGUGGCUGGUGGCGACGGCCGACGCCAUUCAUGGCUGGCACAUAGAUUGCGAUGGUCUGGGAACCAUCAUUACUUGCGAGAUUGGGAUGAAAGUAAUUUUCAUUGCGUUGGAACCUUCGUCAACUUCAUCUACACCCUCGACAUCAAGCAUUGAUCGCUUUGCCAAUGACAACUUUGACCCUAUACGAAUGGUCAAGGACUCCUGGGAUGUGCAGGCGAUAUGUCUACAGCGCGGUGACCAAAUUGUCAUUCCACCAAACACCAUGCACAUGGUCUACACGGCGGAACCUUCUAUUUGCUUUGGCGCUCACUUUUAUUCGCUCCAUACCAUGAAGGAGUCCCUUUGCGGCUACAUCCACUCGUUCCUUGCUCAUUCUAUCUGCACGAACACUGCACAUCCAAACACUAGGUCGCUUAUUCACAGAUUGGUAUCAUUUUACCAUAAGUCUGUCACCUCUGAUUCCUCUGACAUGCCUGCCGACGUUGCUGCCCAUUUGCCGGACCUCAAUUCCCUCAAGAACAUUAUUUCGAUCAUUUCAUUGUGUUCUCUGACGAUUCUCUUGCACGUGUUGUCCCCCGAGACCUACACGUUUCCUGAACCUCCACAUGGCCGCGAGGCAACACCAUCUGCUACCCACAAAUUGCAACAGUAUCUCAACGAAACAUACGACCUCAAUACGUUUCACGCUGCUGACAGAUACAAAUACAUGCACAUGAGGGCUUUAGCGUGGCGUAUACUGGGAUGGCUCAGAUUGGGGAAACUCAGAUAUAAGCCAACAUCCACUUCGAAGUCAAAAUCCCCGUUCCCCUCGACAAAAGAAGUCCACAAGCCCGACGCUAACGGUUACUUUGAGAGCGACAUCGGUGACGACGUUUUAACGCCUUUCAUGGGAAAUUUGGUGUUGUCUUUGUUGAGCUACAAUGAACUGGCUGACCAACAUGAGCUUCGACCUCCUGUUCCAAUGACGAUCGACGCUUUCCGCUCCCAGCUUAUGGGGGCCUUUGUCAAGGCCGAAAGUGUGACCGAAUACGUCCAACGUCAUCUGGCUGAUGCUCCACGCAAAGAUCUCAUCAUGGACUUCGACUAUGGAUUUGAAUGGAAGUUUGAGCGCGCAAAUGCUUCACAGCAAGAUAUAAAGGAUUUCUUGGUCAAUCUUUCGGGCAUCACGGCUCAGGACGAACUCUAUUUACAUGGACAGGAGACUAAUUGGUUGAUUUACCAAACUGAAGAUGUUAUGGAUGUCGAUAGCGACAGUAACUCUGGAGAAGAACAAGACGAUGCCAAUGCAUCGGUCGAAUCCGAAGCUGAUGACUAUGACCCUGACUUGGAUCGUCGGCCCUCGAAGCGAAGGAAGUAG